AUGUGGGAGGAUGAUAAUGAAGAGUGUAUUGAGCAAUGGAGUUAUCUGGAUUUACUAGGGUGGAUGCAGUCAAGGAAGAGAAUGGAAAAGGACCGGAGCGGUCAUCUGCAGAAUCUGUUGGAAUGGAAUAUAACGGGUUGGAUUUGCUCAUUUCGUUUUGAUUGGCACUGUGACACAGUUGUUGAUUGGCACUCUGACGCUACACCGAACAAUAGUCAUGUGCCAGCUACACUCUCUUAA